CUAGUGGUUCGGAAGCAUAGCCAGGGUACAGCUGGUCCACACACAUCCCCAGUACUCUCAUCCCUGACCACAGCUUCCAAUUGCCAGUUGGUUGACAAUUGCCAAAUUGCCUUUGCCAGCGCAGCUCUCUCUGCUUCCCUCCAGGCUACAAAUUCACCGGCUUCCUGAACAUUUCCACUUGGAUAAUCCACAGGCCCUUCCAACUCAACAUGUCCAACACUGAACUCAUGAGCCCCUGCCUUUCCUCCCAGGAGCCGGGACGUACCCCUCCCCCAGGUCACCCCGCCAAAGGCACACUUUUGCAGGGCCUACCUACCUCCUCACCCUAUCCAGUCAGGCACCAAUGAAUUUUCAAAAUUGCGUGUUCUAGAUUCGGGCCUGGCAGCCCCACGCUCCCCUCACACCCUGCAUCAGACCUCAUCCUCUUUCCGCAGCAGCCUCCACCUUUCUCUCCAACCCCAUCCUCUUUACUACAGCCAGAGUCAUCCACAAAAAAUGCCUGUCUGAUCACACCAUUCUGCUCAAAACCCUCCCAUGGUCCCCAGUGUUAGGAUCUUUCCAUCCAUGUUACUCACCCAGCCCUCAACCCGCCUGCCAAAUUGCCAUAAUUAGGCAUCUGAAAUGCUGCCCUCCAGCUACCUACUUCAAGCCUCAGCUCAGAUGUUCCUCCUCUGUGACCUUUGCCUUCAGCCCUCAGUACCCACUUCUGCCAACACGGCCCUUGCUGUGCCCCAGUGACCCCCGUGUUUGCACGUGUGUCCCUACUCCAAGCCCUAAGCAGCACAGGAGAUGAGCUGUGGGGAGACUAGAGCAGAGUCAGACUCUGAAAGCUGCGCAGAGGCUAAGCAACCCAACAAGGCAGGUGAACUGGCCGCUGAGAGAAGAAUCGGGUGGAGCAGAAAGCAGUUGCUGCAGGGCAGACAGCCAGGACCCCCAAAUCUCCACGUACCAACAGUCAGCCGCCCCACGCAGGGACCGGCUUACCCCUCGCUCCCCGCCCUCACUCACUUUCUCCCGCCCUCGGCCCGGCCUCCCAGCUCUCUACUUUGCGUGUCUACAAACUCAACUCCCAGUUUCCGUGCCUCUCCACCGCUCGAGUUCUCUACUCAUAUCCGAGGGGCCCCUCCCAGCAUCUACCCCCCUCCCAACCUCAGGGGACCUAGCCAAGCUAGGGGGGACUGGAUCCAACGGGUGGAGCAGCCAGGUGAGCCCCGAAAGGUGGGGCGGGGCAGGGGCGCUCCCAGCCCCACCCCGGGAUCUGGUGACGCUGGGGCUGGAAUUUGACACCGGACGGCUGCGGCGGCGGGCAGGAGGCUGCUGAGGGAUGGAGUUGGGCCCGGCCCCCAGACAAGGCCCGGGGGCUCCGCCAGCAGCAGGUCCCUCGGGCCCCAGCCCUCGCUGCCACCCGGGCCUGGAGCCCCACACCCGAGGGUGCAGACUGGCUGCCAAGGCCACACUUUUGGCUAAAAGAGGCACUGCCAGGUGUACAGUCCUGGGCAUGCGCCGUUUGAGCUUCGGGGGAAAGCCCAGCACUGGUCCCCGGAAAGGUGCCUAGAAGAACACGGUGCAGGACCCCGUGCUGCCUCAAGAGGAGGGUGGGGGAACAGCUCAACAAAGGCUGAUGGGCGCUCCUGGUGUUGACAGAGAUGGAACUUGGACUUGGAGGCCUCUCCACGCUGUCCCACUGCCCCUGGCCUAGGCGGCAGGCUCCACUUGGUCUCUCCGCGCAGCCUGCCCUGUGGCCCACCCUGGCCGCUCUGGCUCUGCUGAGCAGCGUCGCAGAGGCCUCCCUGGGCCCCGCGCCCCGCAGCCCUGCCCCCCGCGAAGGCCCCGCGCCUGUCCUGGCGUCCCCCGCCGGCUACCUGCCGGGGGGACGCACGGCCCGCUGGUGCAGUGGAAGAGCCCGGCGGCCGCCGCCGCAGCCUUCUCGGCCCGCGCCCCCGCCGCCCGCGCCCCCAUCUGCUCCUCCCCGCGGGGGCCGCGCGGCGCGGGCUGGGGCCCCGGGCAGCCGCGCUCGGGCAGCGGGGACGCGGGGCUGCCGCCUGCGCUCGCAGCUGGUGCCGGUGCGCGCGCUCGGCCUGGGCCACCGCUCCGACGAGCUGGUGCGUUUCCGCUUCUGCAGCGGCUCCUGCCGCCGCGCGCGCUCUCCACACGACCUCAGCCUGGCCAGCCUACUGGGCGCCGGGGCCCUGCGACCGCCCCCGGGCUCCCGGCCCGUCAGCCAGCCCUGCUGCCGACCCACGCGCUACGAAGCGGUCUCCUUCAUGGACGUCAACAGCACCUGGAGAACCGUGGACCGCCUCUCGGCCACCGCGUGCGGCUGCCUGGGCUGAGGGCUCGCUCCAGGGCUUUGCAGACUGGACCCUUACCGGUGGCUUUUCCUGCCUGAGACUCUCCCGCAGAGUCCCACUAGCCAGCGGCCUCAGCCAGGGACGGAGACCUCAAAGCUGAGAGGCCCCUGCCGGUGGGUGAUGGACAUCAUCCCCGGAGAGGUGAAGGGACAACUGACGAGCAGCCCCAGAGCCCUCACCCUGCGUAUCCCAGCCUAAAAGACACCAGAGACCUCAGCUAUGGAGCCCUUCGGACCCACUUCUCACAGACUCUGGCACUGGCCAGGCCUCGAACUUGGGACCCCUCCUCUGAUGAACCCUACAGUGGCUGAGGCAUCAGCCCCCGCCCAGGCCCUGUAGGGACAGCAUUUGAAGGACACAUAUUGCAGUUGCUUGGUUGAAAGUGCCUGUGCUGGAACUGGCCUGUACUCACUCGUGGGAGCUGGCCCCUAUUUAUUAUUUCUAAGUUAUUUAUUUACUUC